GCCCUCCGGUGCCUCCGGCGAUCGCCGCCCCUCGCCGGAGAAUCCCCGCCGCUCGCCGGAAUAUUCCCCUCCUUGUCGUCCGCCGCGGCCGCUUCCGUUGCGGCGUGGGAGGAUCAGAUUUAACAUCGGAUUUGGAGCUUGCAAAGCCUGAAGAUAGGAGGGCACAAACCAAGCGUGCCAAUGGCAUAUUUUGGAUACUUCUCCUUAAUCUCGGUAUUUAUGUUGCUGAUCACUUGUUUCAGGUUCAUCAGGUGAAAAUGCUGUAUCUGUACCAUUCUUGGCCUCUUUGGUACCAGUUUAUCACUGCAACAUUCUGCCAUGCUAAUUGGAACCAUCUUUCCAGCAAUCUAUUCUUUUUGUACAUCUUUGGAAAGCUUGUUGAGGAGGAGGAGGGUAAUCUUGCAUUGUGGAUCUCUUACAUCCUGACCGGUGCUGGCGCGAACUUGGUUUCAUGGUUAAUACUCCCAAGAUCUGCCGUGUCAGUUGGAGCAUCCGGUGCUGUCUUUGGUCUUUUCGCAAUAAGUAUUCUUGUGAAGAUGUCCUGGGACUGGAGGAAGAUUAUUGAGGUUCUCAUUCUUGGUCAGUUUGUUAUUGAUAAGGUGAUGGAGGCGGCACAAGCUUCAGCAGGGUUAGCUGGUCCAUUGGCGACGGGGUCUUCGUUCCAAACCGUUAAUCACAUCGCGCACCUCUCUGGUGCUCUGAUCGGCGCCGCUUUAGUGCUUCUAAUCAGCCGGAUCCCUUCUCACCCGCCCGGCUCGGAUUCCAAGGCCUCGAAAGCAAAGGACAAAAGAACUUGAUUCGGUGUUCCGUUACUACUCUCCGACCUCGAGAACAUCGUGCGAUACAAACACGCUUCUGUGCAUAAACGCAUGCGGCCCAGAAUCAAGAUUCAACACUCCUAGUUCCUCCCACACUUCUUGCUCUCACCCUUUUCGGUGUUCCAGCACACCGAUACCGUCGAGGAGAUGUAAUUGAGGGAGAAAAAGGAUAGAUGAAAAAGUAAGGAUAUUUUCUGUACAUAGUAUAAACUAUGCGGAGUCAAAUUGAUACAGACAAGUGCUGUUAAGAUUAAGGAUUUUUUUUGUUUUUUUUUUGAUGUUUGGAAGUCUGGAAGUCUGUAUCGAUUUUGGGUUGCUUGUAUCAUCAGUAAACGAUUUCGUGAGUGAUUUGUUCUGAAAGUGAUUUCAAGUUCGGCGGUGUUAAAUGAAUAAUCAAAAUUUUCCAAUUGAAA